UACUUCAUUGCUCCUAUAGGACAUGGACCAUUACAUAACUGAAGACUCCCACCUUCAGGCAGGAUUGGGUAGUACAUGUUUGUAACUACGUGGCAUUGCCUUUUGUUGAGACUUAAACCAUUGGAUACUGAGUUUAUGAAACAUUUGCAUGAAAAAGUGAAUAUCAUCCCACUUAUUGCCAAAGCAGACACACUCACACCAGAGGAAUGCCAACAGUUUACAAAACAGAUGAUGAAAGAAAUCCAAGAACAUAAAAUUAAAAUAUAUGAAUUUCCAGAAACAGAUGAUGAAGAAGAAAAUUAUCUUGUUGAAAAGAUAAAGCUCCAGCAGCACCAUGAGCAAAUGAAAAAGAAUUUGGAAGCACGGCACAAAGAAUUAGAGAAAAAACGUCGACAGUUUGAGGAUGAGAAAGCAAACUGGGAAGCUCAACAACGUAUUUUAGAACAACAGAACUCUUCAAGAACCUUGGAAAAGAACAAGAAGAAAGGGAAGAUCUUUUAAACUCUCCAUUGACCACAAGUUAUGUAUUAGUUGCUAAUAUGCCAGCUUGGACGUCAGUGUUUGUUGGAUCCGUUUGACCAAUUUGCACCAGUUUUAUCCAUAAUGAUGGAUUUAACAGC